AGGGUGGUGUUUUGUUCAUGCCAAGCUUUUGGCGAGUGGGCUUGUAGCCCCCACUCCCUUUACCUAAACGACACAUCCUACAAACAAAUGUCGACUCAAAUCCUUCCCAAUCAUCGCAGCCAUUGUCCCGAUGCCGCAUAAAACCAAUUCACACUAUUCUAAUACAUCCACGUAACCCAUCCUCAGAACGACGCCACUUACCAAUACGUCGAUUCACUUCUUCAUAUCGUCGUUUCUCCUCCUAUGCCUCACCUUCUAUAUAUAUAUACGUUCUUCUUUGGUACUGUCUACAACACAUUAAUGCGUUUCCAAGGAUGCCACAUUACUCAACGUUUGAAAGACAAGGACGCCCAUCAAAUGGCACACCCGUUUGGAAGACGCUCUGGUUUCUCAUGUCUUGGGAGAACCACUGAUAAUUUGGUUCGUUUUCUGUAUAAGGUUUUUGGGCUUCGGUUGUUUUCUUAUGUGUUCUCAAUUGGAAUUGAUGAUGUUCAAUCUGUGGAUGUUUUCAAUCGCCUAUAAAAAAUCCACAUUUGCCCCAAAAUAUCGUAUGUUAGAUUUUGGAUUGCGAAACUUGAUUAUUUAAGAGAUACAAGAAAAAAAGGUUUUUUGGAUACCGAAGAGGUUACAUACGAGUCUCAAGGAAAUAUCAAAUUUGACAGACUCUAAAAAUCCCAAAAUGUUCUGUUACAGCCAGGAGGAUACUUAAGCCCAAAAGCUUGCAUCAUUAUGUAGUUGUAUACUGUUUACUUUUGAGGAAAACUCUAUAAAUCUACAAAGUCAACAUUGCUAAAAGAAUUUUAAUCAUGCAAAUGUUCAUUAUAUGCAGGGACUAGGGCACUUUGUAGAUGCAAUGUGAAACUGUUAAUCGAAAUUUGUUGCAUAAUCAUGUUUUACAUUGUGAACAUAGAAUAACCAGUUAUUCUGGGAUUGAAGAUGUAACAAUUUACUGUCUUUCUGUCACUCCCAUUGCUGAAAACAUCAAAUUUACUUGGGUUUUAUUUACUCCCCAAAUGGCAAAUUGGUUUCUCUGUUUUUUAAUCUUUACAAAUAAAUGUUGUGGCUUUUAUUAAAUGGAUGUCUUUUUAUCUAUUAUGUAUAGAUCCUUCAUGAGGCAAUUGGUGCACAAAUGAAGAAGAGAAGGUGAAAUGUAUAAAAAAAAGUGCAUAUUUGAGUGUAAUUGAAAGUGAACUUAUGAAUAAGGUAUAGUUUAACUAUCUGUAGGGUUGUUGCAUAUCAAUAAAUAUUCAAAAGUAUUUAUUGUAAUAAGAAAUUUAAAUGCAACCAUUAAAAUUGAAGAAACCAUGAAACAUAAAAUUGGUAGAGGCAUGAGAAGGCAACCAGGAUAACUAUUUAGAUGAC